UUUAAGCGGAGGCCCCGCCCCAGCCCGCCCCGCCCCGCCCCGCCCGGCCAAUGGGCGCCGCGGCUGCCGCGCCGUUUCUUACAAGUUUCCCGUCGCGGGCCGGGCGCGGAGCGGCGUGCGGGGCCCGGCGGUGCUGCGGGGGUGUACCCGGGGUGCUGCGGGUCGCCAUGCCCGCCCGGGGCCGCCGGCGGGAGCGCAGCCUGGGGCCUCAGCUGGGGAGCUCUGCUGUCCUUCAGUAAGCGCUCUGCGCCCAAUGUUUCUUGUCCCUCGCAGCACGCUGCCAGCUGGUACCUCCCUCCACUCUGAACCGUAACCGGGGAGGGGUUGGAAAACGAAGGAAGUUUGGUGUUUAUUUCUGAGUUAGGCUUUAGAAAGGGAUUCCCUUGCCUUCCUCCUGCGGGGGCCUGUAGGACAGAAUGCGGUAGAGGAGGAGAGGGGCACAGCUGCAAGCGGGCUGUCCGGAGCCUUGCCCCCCCCACUCCCCCCCAGUGUACCUGGGGGUGCUGUGUGCGAGCUCAGGGGAGCUCCUCCAAGCGUAGCUGCAGCAGCUCGGCAGAUGUAGAUGUGUGCGUGUGUGUAUGCUUAACCCUUUCUUGGCUCCUCGGAUUUGUACCAUGCUGAAGAUCCUCACCAAAAAGCUCAGGAACCAGACUUUGAAUGAAAUUCAGCCUUUCCAGCUAAAGAUCUCCUACCCCCCAAGUGAUGAGGACAGCGAUGACUCUGAGGGAGAGAACCAGGAACUUGCUCAGAUCGACAGAGAGAGAAGACGGAACUGUACCCUGACCCCUCUGGCCACCAACCAGCUCCAGAACCAGGAGAACCAAUGCUGCAAGGUUCGGGCCCUCUUCCAUGCCAGCCUUGACCGCCACAGCUCGGAAGAAGAGCUGGAGCGCAUCAACCGAGAGUUUGCUGCUGAGAAGCGAAAGUGGUCCCAGGUCAGCAGGCUUGCCUGCUGCAGUGACAGCAACAACACCUCCUCCAGUGACGAAGAAGUGAAGAACUUGUGCGCUAUGUCCUUCCGCCCUGUGGCAGAGCAGGCUGAUGGCCUGCAUGCCAGCCCAAGCCCUGUGCUGUUCAGUGCCUCCCCUCCCAAGAGACUCCAGCCCCUGGUGCGGAGCCCAGCCUCCAGACCUCUAAUCUUCACGAGUGUUGGGACGGGCCUUGAGCAAGUCAUGCCUUGUAAGAGACAUCGACAAGGAUAUGGGGAUAAGGUCAGCAGGCCCAGCCUUGACCUGGAAAAAAUGCAGCAGAUGCUGCUCAAGAAGAAUUGUGGAGCGAAGACUAGAGUUAUUAAAAUUCGUAGCGUCAAUGGAGGCCGCCCACCACCCCACUUUGUGUAUGAUCCAUCCACCUUUGCCUUCCGUUCCCUCAGCACCUUGAAGCCGCUGAGCCCGAUAGCUCCAGUGGAAGAACCGUCAUGUGCCUACUGAAGGAGUUUCUCCAGAAACCUCAGGAAAUAUCAACCAACCACCUGACUGGCAGGGAGAAGGGGAGGUGGCAAUGCCCAAGGGGAUGGGUGGGGGAAGAAGGGGACAAUGACAAUGCAGUACAGCCUUUCUGGCAGUAGGAAACGUACAGCUUUGCAGCAGUACCUGUUUUCAUACAAAUGCCAUAUCUGAAUAGUGGAAAAAGGAGAGAUUUUUGUCUUUCAGGGCAAAACAAACAAGUCGGGUCCACAAACUGCAAGGGCAGCCACCAAGGCAGUAUUAAACACAGGGAUGGCGGUAGCUGAAGAUAUCCCUGAAGGGUUCAGGGGCUAGUAAGGCCUACAUGGCAGCCAGGAUGAGUGAACAGGGUGUGAAACCAAGUCCAGUCAGUUUCCCAAGGCUACCUAGGUCUACAAUGCUUUGCUAUAGACCUACCUGACCCAUAUUCCACUCAGAAGUGAGCUCAGGAUUGGAGACAGAGGCUAUACAGGGCUGCCUGCAAAGCAAGAAGGUCCCUCUCUGACACUGUUAAAAUUGCAUUCACUUCAAGCUCUCUUGAGUGGAAGACCCUAGGAGAGGGAGUUGGGAGGCCGUAACUGGCAAAUCUAGCUGCGUGUGCUAGCUGGUCUGCCCACAACUCAGUGAUAUCUAAAGUGGGGUUGAAAAGGGUUGUAGAUCAGGGGUUAGAAUAAAAUUCUAAAUCAGAGUGUCUGUGUUCAGCUGUCCAAGGAAACACAGUGCCCACCCUCAGUCCUCUCAGCAUCAUCAGAGAGAAUACCUUGGAGUGGGGUGUGACACUGUGCUGUUGGGUUUUCUCUCUGCUGAGGCUGUGUUCUGGGAUACGCAGCAUAUCUCCACAGCAUUGUCCCAAUACCCUGCUGCCCUAAUGUGAUGCUGAAGGUAACUGGCAUCACCAAACUCAACCAAAUCUAAUGUCUUCAGCAGCUUUCCUCUCCCCUGUUAUGCUGGCCAUUAAAUUCUUGUAGAUCCCCUUGUACCAGUGGAACAAGUAUUCCCAGAUGUAGCAUGGAGUGGGAGAAAGAGGUCUCUGUUUCUUCCACCAACAGGAGGGGAGUUUGGGUGAAACUGUGGGGCAUUUUUCCAUAGACCGUCUUUAAGACAGUUAGGACCAUGCUAGGCCUUGCUACCACUGGAGUUUGACUGGGAUCUGGCUUUGAAGUAUGUGUGUGUGGUGUGCUACAAUGCAACAGCUAAUGGGACAAGCUCUCACCUCUCUUGGUGAGGAAGAGGAGCAAGGCAUUUCCCCUUGCUGCACCCGGUGGAGAGGAGAACCUCUUUGUCUUGGUGCUCCCUGCCUUGAACCUGUACCUGGCUGGGUGCAAGGGGGAGCAAGUAGUUAAUGUGUUGUCUGGAUCAAGAGGAGCAACUGUGAGUAACAUAAAAUAAUUUUUGUUUUUAAAUCUGCUCCGGUGUGCAGGUCUUUGAUGCCACUCUUUGGAUGAGACCAAGGGUUAGUCCAGUUGCCAGUAGGAGGCCACACAGUGAACCAGUGUUCACUGGUGCUUUCUGGACCCUUCACUGGGACCCUUGGGAAAACCCCAAAGGCUCUCUACACCUUGGGACCUGCAUCUCCCACCCCUGCUCUCCUCCUUCCCCAACCUUUUCUCACGCAGGCAGCCACAGCAGCUGGGCAAGGCGGUGAGGGGACAUCUGUCCUGAUGCUGCCCCAGUUCUGCCUGUUCUCUGGCUCCAGACAGUCACAGCUGCACCAGCACUGCCUCCAAGGGAUUGCUUGGGUUUGCUGGUGAGGUGCCUCUGGCACAGCAUUGUGGUUCCCUGAAAGUCCCUUCUUCCAACAGAGACCAAAUCCUCUGUUGAUUCCUCCCGCCCCUGUAGAGACUCCACUUAAUCUUGUCUCAAUGGUACACACCUCAGCUUUUUUAAAUGCUACCAGAUCAAGCUGACCAGUGCAGGAUGGGAAGCAUUACCCCUUCAGACCAAACCCAUGUGCUCAGGAGAAGGGACAUCCAUAGCCUGGUACCUGUCUGAAGAGGCCCAUUUCCUGUGCAGAUGGCUGGGUUGGCAGCCCCCACAUGGCCCCACACCCCCAGGCUUUGCUCAGCGAGAGCUGCUGAGGUGCUUGGCCCCAGACAUGUUUCUGCCAGCCUGUGGGUACAGCAGGCUCCCUUCCCCUGGGUGGGAGCAGGGAACAGGGAUGUCCUGCCAAUAUCGUUGCCUUUUAGUACUUUUGUAACUUUUCUCUCUUUUCUUUUUCAAUCAGAAGGAAAAAUAAAAAAAAAAACAACAAUGAAAUAAAGUGUAACAGCUGCUCUGUUCACACCUCUGGUGCGUCUCA